AUGGACAUGAAGACAAAUCAGGUUUCCGCUCUUAUCGAUUCAACAAUGACAACAGAAGACGAAUACACAGUUGAGGUCUCAACAAGUUCUGUUGUUAUCAAGUCUGGAUCAGCCCGUGGUCUUUUCUACGGUUUACAGAUCAUCAUCCAAUUAUAUCACAUGAGUAAAGGCUCUGGAGAGAUCCCAUGCCUCCCCAUCAAAGAUUGCCCAGCUUUCAAGUACCGUGGUCUCAUGCUCGAUGUUUCUCGUCACUUUGUUCCAAAGGACUUCUUAUUGAAGCAGAUUGACUGCCUCGCCUACUUCAAGAUCAGCAGAUUCCACAUCCACCUUACAGAUGCUGGUGGCUGGCGUCUUGAAAUCAAGAAGUACCCACUUCUUACACAGAAGGCUGCUUAUCGUACAGAAUCAGAUUGGCAGAUCUGGUGGAACGAAGCCCAUGACAGAAAGUACAGUGAUGAAGGCACAAUAGGUGCUUAUGGUGGCUACUACACACAGGAAGACAUGAGAGAAGUUGUCAAGUACGCUGCUGACAGAUACAUCACAAUUAUCCCAGAAAUUGAAAUGCCAGGACACUCUGAAGAAGUUCUCUAUGCUUAUCCAGAAUUCUCCUGCUCUGGCCAGCCAUACAAGAACUCCGACUUCUGCGUUGGUAACGAAGGAACAUUCGAAUUCCUUGAGAACAUCCUCUCAGAGGUCUUCGACAUCUUCCCAUCCCAGUACAUCCACAUUGGUUGUGAUGAAGCAUCAAUGGGUGCCUGGUACAACUGCCCUAAGUGCCAGCAGAGAAUGAAGGACAACAACUUCACAGAAGUUGACCAGCUCCAGUCAUAUCUCAUCAAGCGCAUUGAGAAGUUCAUCAACGAGAACGGCAGAACACUCAUCGGUUGGGAUGAAAUUCUCAAGGGUGGUCUUGCUCCAAACGCCGUCGUUAUGUCAUGGACAGGCGAAGGUGGUGGUAUCGAAGCUGCCAAGGCCGGCCACCAGGUUAUCAUGACACUAUGCCAGUGGGUUUACCUCGAUUACUUAUCAGGAUCUUGCCGCUACACAGCCACGCGCUAUCGGUGGUUAUACUCCAGUUACAACCGUCUACAACUACUUCCCAAUUCCAAAUGA